UAACUCCUAUGUCUUUCAAAUCAUAAAGACAAAAGAAAAGAGUUAGUCAUAGCAGCAAACAGGGAGGGAAAAGGCACGUACACGACCACCGUUUAGCUGUGUUUGAAGUUCGAACGUUGAAAUUAAUUGAGCUGCGCCUGCGCGUGUCACUGUUUGAGAGCACACAAACAAUGUCCUCCGAAUCACACGCCGUUGAUUGUAACUUGAAGGAGACGGAGCUCACCUUAGGCCUUCCCGGCACCAAAACUACUGCCACAAAACGUGGCUUCUCUGAUACCCUUCCUCCUUCUCAAAAUAAAAUCUUGCGCCCCACCUCCAAAUUCCCAACACCCAACAGGGAACAACUGGUGGGGUGGCCGCCGGUGAGGGCAAGCAGGAAGAAUGCUAUGAAGAGCUGUUGCAAGUUGGUGAAGGUGGCGGUGGAUGGAGCUCCUUAUCUAAGAAAAGUGGAUCUUGACAUGUACGAUAGUUAUGAGCAUUUGAUGAGGGAAUUAGAGACAAUGUUUUGUGGCUUAGCCAUUCGUAAUCAUUUGAUGAAUGAGAGGAAACUGAUGGAUCCUGGAAAUGGGAUUGAAUACAUGCCCACCUAUGAGGACAAAGAUGGUGACUGGAUGUUGGUCGGGGAUGUACCCUGGAAAAUGUUUGUUGAAUCAUGCAAGAGGAUAAGACUUAUGAUUAGCUCAGAGGCCGUUGGUUUAGGUCCGAGGUCUACUUCUUCAAAAUGUACGGGUUCCACUUAGCUAGCUAGAAGUGUGUAAUAAUCAUAAUAAGCUGAUAGAUAAGCAUUCCGUGGAUACCAUCAACAUGUAAAAGCUCCGGUUAGAACUUAGAAGAGUGAAUUUAGUAUAAGGAAAUAUCCAUGGUGCUUGAUGUACAUGUCCCUUUAGCACCUCUGGUUAAGUAGUUACUUUAAAUGAAGAACUAGAACAAAGACUGGUCUCUAUAUUAACUAGUGAUCUAAAAAAAAUAAAAUAAGGGGAGGCUGGCAUGUAAUCAAUAUUAUGAUCAUCGUUAUAUGAGUAUGCAUAUGUAAUGUAUGACUUGGCUUUGUACUAGCUAUAUAUUGUACCCCCAGUUUUGUACUUGUUAGAUCUAUUAGUUCACUUAAUAAUCAUGGUUUAGUAGAUUUCUAUA